AUGUCGACCCUGAUGCAACAAGUGCGGGCGAGUGGCGACGCUUUGCUCGAAUUCUACGACGAAAUUAAAUGUCAGGGAAACAAGAUGUAUUACUAUGUCGAUGACAACUACCAGAGAGACGACCCGGAAACCUUGCCCCUUUUCACUGUGUACAGCGUCAAGAUUCUUUAUAUCGAUGUCGCCUUUAGCGGAGCUGCUAUCUGGCUGUACAGAUUCUCAGGUCAGCUUACAGGGGGAGAUUCCUACAUCGUACCUUCCAGUAGCAACACGGGCGACUGUUUCAGCAAUGGUAACAUAGGCUGGGUUCACUUUGAGACCACUACAUUCACUGGAACAAAGAGAAACGCAAUGACCGAUCUUGUGCAAGCGCCUGAUUCUGUGCAAACGCCCUAUAAUGCGACAGAGAUAGUGGAGCGUGCAGCUACACGUCCAGAAGGAUACAUGAGUCUCAGACAUAACCAACUGUACAUCGUUGGAAAACCUACGUUCUCUCAAGUUCAGGGCAAGCCAGCCCUAUCAGUGGGGCUUUUUAGAACAAUAGUGCUCAGCGUCUUUUACGGCAUAGAGGUUGCGUCCGGCGAGAAAGACAUUAUCCCUUUCCUUAUUGCAAGUCUGUCGGGUGGCACAACUCUAACAUGGCUUUCCGAAACAUCAGAGGUGGUGCCGCGCUCAGUUGUGGCCUUUGCAGCUCGGUGGUGGCGGGAAUUCUACCUUGAUAGCUGGAAGGAUACAAUGGCAGUGUCUGAUAUAUACAGAGAAACGAAAUUGGGUUCGGGGGUAUGGGAGAAGAUUGGUAAGAUGAGUCAAGCUGUGAAAACGCAUAAGGGAGAAUUUGAGCAUUUUAGAAAGCAUCAAGAAGUUGGAAAAUAA